AUGCCAUUUGGCCAAAUUGUGAUUGGACCUCCAGGGUCUGGUAAAUCAACGUACUGUCAUGGUUGUUCCCAGUUUUUCAAUGCAAUCGGAAGACAUGUUCAAGUGAUAAAUAUGGAUCCAGCCAACCAUCGGCUCCCGUAUCCGUGUUCGGUCGAUAUUAGAGACUAUAUCACGCUAGAAGAGAUUAUGUCAGAACAGCAUUUGGGUCCGAAUGGUGGGUUAAUGUAUGCGAUAGAGUCUUUAAAUGAGUCGAUCGAUUUGUUCAUAUUGCAGAUCAAAUCGUUAGUACAAGAGGAGAAAGCAUACCUAGUCUUUGACUGUCCCGGGCAAGUCGAAUUAUUCACACACAAUUCGGCGUUGUUCAAGAUUUUCAAACGACUAGAGAAGGAUUUGGAUAUCAGGCUAUGUGUUGUGAAUUUGAUCGAUUGUAUUUACAUUACUUCUCCCUCGCAGUACGUUUCGAUCCUUCUACUUGCACUAAGAUCGAUGCUAAUGAUGGAUCUUCCACACAUCAAUGUCUUCUCAAAGAUCGAUAUGCUAAAGGGAUACGGAGAGUUGCCUUUCAGAUUGGAUUACUUCACGGAGGUCCAAGAAUUGGAAUAUCUAAAUCCACUUAUUGAGAAGGAAGGGUCGGGUGUAUUAGGGAGAAAAUACUCAAGGCUCACUGAAACCAUCGGUGAAAUGGUCUCUGAUUUCAAUUUAGUUUCUUUCGAGGUCCUUGCCAUUGAUGACAAACAAUCGAUGAUCAAUUUACAAAGUGUUAUAGAUAAAGCGAACGGAUACAUAUUUGGUUCGAGCGAAAUAGGAGGAGAUACAGUAUGGGCAGAAGCUAGUAGACAAGGCGCAGCCAUGGUCAACUACGACGUUCAUGAUAGAUGGAUCGAAAAUAAAGAGACGUAUGAUAAACUAGAAAAGGAAGCACGUGACCAGCAGCUCAAAGAAAGGGAAAUGCAAGCAAAAGAGAUCGACGUCAACGAAGACGACGAAUGGGAAUCGGCGCUCAGGGAAUGGGAAGAAAAACAAGGCACCAACUAUGUUAGGUAA